UCUUCUUCCUACACCUACAGCUGAUGAUGACGUUUCAAUUAUUUACAGCCAACGACAGCCGCCUCUUUUUUCCAUCGUUCGUGGGGAAUGUUGUUUUGUUAUUAAACAAUUCUGUGGACUAAAAAUUAAAAAUAUAUAUAUUUGAGGCAUUUGUGUUAUUACAUAAAUGACAGCUGUCCGCAUUUGAUAAAAUAACUCAAAAUUUGCCAAAGGAAAAACAACAAUAAUCAGACGUAUUUUAUUUUGAUUGUGUGUGAGGUGAAAACGGGCGCAGCCUAUUUGAAUUAAUAAUCAUGGGCUUUAUGUACAUUUUGAGCUGGAUAGCUCUUAUAUUUCAAAUUGUUUUUGUAACCAUAUCAAUUGCUGCUGGCCUGUACUACAUUGCUGAAUUGGUGGAAGAGUACACAAGUGCGGCGCGAAAAAUGAUCCUAAUGAUGAUUAGUUUUACCAUGUUCGUCUAUGUUAUGUUUAUAUUCUGUGAUGACCUGCCGUGGAGCAUGAUUAUAAUGGGCUUUGUUACCCAGUUACUGCAUCUGGCCAUAAUGAGCACAUUUCCGUUUAUACGAUUCCUGUCAUUGCCGUUUAUUGGUACGGUGCUGUGUCUAAUCGCCAAUCAUUUGUUGGCUUUCCAAUACUUUACCUCGGUCUACUAUCCAUUUACACAGAUAUUGGCAUAUUUUACAAUUUGCCUAUGGAUGGUGCCCUUCGCCUUAUUCGUUUCAUUGAGUGCAAACGAUAAUGUCCUACCCACCACCGUAAAUGACAGCCAUUUGGCCGGUGAUCAAGACGUGGUCACGAACUACUUCUCGCGUGGCAAGAAACAAGGCCUGUUGUCGCUUUUUAAUUACUUGAAGAAUAGUAUUAUGCCUGGUCGCAAUAAAAAGUCAUUUUAGUUAAGCGAAACGAACAAAAGUUGCUGGUAGCAUAUAUCAUAUACCUAUAGUAUGUAUAAUAUCUGCGAGUGAGAUAUUAAUAAGUAACAAUUUUUUCUACACAUCA